AUGGCCGCCCACGACAGCCCCUUCACCAUCCGCACCCACCGCCCGGGCGACAUGUGCAUGAUCGCCCACCGCUUCAGCGCCGAGUUCUGCGCGCCCCCUUGGAACUACGACGAGCGCUUCGAGGCCCUCCUCGGUCGCUCCAUCGCCGACUUUCUCGACCACUUUCACCCGGCGCGCGACAGGUGCUGGAUCGCCGAGAGGGACGGCGUCUUCAUGGGCUGCGUCGCCCUCGUACAGGACCGCGACGACGUCCGCGCCGCCAAGCUCCGUCUGCUCUUCACGGAUGACAAGGCUCGUGGGACAGGCGUUGGCACGGCCCUUCUGAACGUUCUUGUUGCUUUUGCCACAGAGGCGGUCUACGAGUCCGUCUCCCUCUGGACGCAGGCUGCCCUGCUUGGCGCGCGACGUCUCUACCAGCGGGCUGGCUUCGAGGUUGUCGAGACGGAGGAGCACGAUCUUUGGGGGCCCAAGAUCAUGGGGGAGAUAUGGAGGCUGGAAUUGAAAGACGCGGGCCCAAAUUAG